GGCAUUAGGUUAGUCGAAUACAACGACAAAGAACAGUUGCACUUGCAGUUUUCCUCGGUGACAAUAAUUUGUUUUCCUAAAUAGAGGGGCGACGUUUGACCAGUUCAUUAGAUAUUUGUUGGUGUAUUCGAUUACAAGUUAGUUAUUGUCCGAAACAAACUGUGACAAUUGUGUAGACGAGUUCUAAUCAAAGUUAAAAUGACAGACGCAGAUAUAAAUAGUUAUCCAGACCGGAUUGCGGACUACUACAAGAAUAAAACCCUAUUUAUUACAGGAGGUACAGGAUUCGUAGGAAAAGUUUUGGUUGAAAAACUAUUAAGAUCCUGCAGUGAUUUAAAGAGAAUGUAUUUGUUAAUAAGAUCUAAAAAAGGUAAACGACCGGAAGAGAGGAUUAAAGAUUUGGUUAAUGAUCCACUCUUCGAUUUAUUAAAGAAAACCAGAGGAGCAGAUAUCGUCAAAAAAAUUUUCCCUAUUGCAGGAGACGUAUCUCUACCAGAUUUGGGUAUUUCAAAAAAAGAUCGGGCAACAAUUACGACGGAAACAGAUUUUAUAUUCCACUGUGCGGCAACUAUUCGGUUUGAUGAAUCGUUAAAAAAAGCUGUACUAUUAAACGUUAGAGGGACAAAGCUUAUGUUAGAACUGGCCAAAGAAUGUAAGAAGCUUGCUAUAUUUUCUCACCUUUCGACCUCCUAUUGUCAUCUUCACGAAAGGGUGCUAAAAGAAAAAAUCUAUCCACCUCCAGCUAAUCCACAUCAUGUUAUUAAAACGGUGGAAUGGAUGAAAGACGAUGUAAUUGAUGCUAUUACUCCCAAAAUUUUGGGAGAUAUACCCAAUACAUACGCUUUUACGAAGGCUUUGGGAGAAUCUCUUGUUGCUGACGAAAUGAAUAAUUUGCCAGUGAUUAUUUUGAGGCCAUCCAUAGUAAUUCCUAUAUGGAAAGAGCCGAUUCCAGGCUGGACAGAUAAUAUAAACGGACCAGCAGGUUUGUUAAUUGGUGCUGGAAAAGGAGUAAUCAGAACUAUGUAUUGCGAUUCUGAUGGGUAUGCUGAUUUUCUACCAGUUGAUAUUGGAGUAAAUGCUAUGAUAGUGAGCACUCUGGAUUACCACGUGUAUGAUGGCAUCCGAAGAAUCUACAAUUUAACAAGCUCUGCAGAAUAUAAAAUUUCAUGGUCAGAAAUUAUAGAAAUAGGAAGGGAAGUAAUUGAAACUAAAAUUCCAUUGAACAACGUAGCCUGGUAUCCCGGAGGGUCUUUGAAAAAAUCCAGAUUCGUGCACAAUAUUUGUUUCUAUUUGUUUCACAUGCUACCCGCCAUAUUCGUUGAUGCAUUAUUGACGCUGUUAGGAUAUAAGCCAAUCUUGAUGCGCGUCCAAAAAAGAAUAUCAAAAGGUUUCGAAGUAUUCGAAUACUAUGCCAAUAAUCAAUGGGACUUCGAUAACGAUGGUUCAUUAAAAGCACGCAAACUUUUAAACCCUAGAGAAAAACUAAUAUACAAGUUGGAUGGUGAUGGUAUUGAUUAUGUUGAAUACUUUACUAAUUGUGUACAUUCCACCCGAUUAUAUAUUCUCAAAGAAACUGAUGAUACCAUCCCAGCAGCUAAACGACAUAUGAAGUUAAUGUGGUUUGUUGACAAAUUGUUCAAAUUUGCCUUUAUAUUUGGCAUGAUUUACUUGUUAUGGACAAGGAUUGUGAAGCCUAUUAUGGAGUGGUAGUAUCCAAUAUGGACGAUUAUCUGUUUAAAACAGCGAUCUAAAUACGAACUAUUAUUAUAGACCUGAUAAUUUUAGUAUUAUAAAUAUAUUAUGGUUUUUUAUAAGUAUACAACUUUUUUUUUGUAAAAUAAAAUGUUUAAUCACU